UGUAGUUUAGACUUUUGACUUAUGGAAAAUGAUAACCAAGAAACAUAUUCUCAAAACAAAAAUAGUUGGGUGGAAGAAAAUGUGGAGAAUAUCAAAGACGAAGAACAACGCGACCAAUUGUUGGAUAAAGAACUUGCCUCGUUGAUCGAAGAAAGAGACGCCAUUUUGAAUGGUAUUUAUAGAGUAGUUGUAAAUAUAGAUACUGAUCAUGCUUUGGAAGGAACAAGUGAAGACUACUUGUGUCAACUGGCUCCUUUAGAAAAUGAAAGGAAACGCAAACUCGAGAGAGCUAUGGACUUUUAUCAACUUCAACUACAAUAUGCAGGACAGCUAUACGAAUUGGCCAAGAAAGAAGCAUAUGAUAGCUUUCAAGCACUAAAAGCAGAGCAAAGAGAUUAUAUGUGGCGUAUCAAGUUGGAAAGAGAAAUUACUUUGAGACUCUUAAGACUAUCCAUUCCACUUCGAGACCAAAAUGGGCAGGUAGUUGUUGGAAACUUUGGAAUGGAAGGCUUUGUAAACCUUAUCUAUCGCAAUCGUUCAUUUGAUAAGUCUUAUUCCUAUCCUAAAAGAAGAAAGUUGCAAUUCAUUCGGGAGCAACUGAAACCCGAUGAAACCAACUAUGACUUGGAAAUGAUCAUUAGAGGGUUAGAAGAACUUCAACAAAUUGCCUCAUCGCAGCCAGUAUCCACGAAAUCAGCUACACAAGACUAGAAACAAGAUGCCAAUCAAGAAAGAGGAAAGUAUAUUG